UCACGUGCGCCCGAGAACCCUCUCACAACCUAUUGCUGCCCACUCCCCCAUCUCUCAUUAUUCGCCUUUCAACUGGGUCCUCCAACUUGUCAUCCCUUCUUCAGGUGCCUCCUGGAAGCCGGACUUCUCUCCUGAGGUGGCAUUCCUAGAAAGCCUUCUAUUUUACCAUUGACGUUGCUGCCGCUGUUAUCUGACGACUGAAAACAAAUAGUAAAAUCGGGUCUAAGCAAAGAAACAACACAAUAAAGCUGGUGGAAGCGCUGAGGAACGCGGCCGGUGCCCCGGAAGCGGAAGUGCGCCCUCUUCGUGAAAGGCUGGACUCUACUGAGUGGUGACGUUUCCUCAUUGGGCGGAAGGUUCGGUGGCAGUCGUCGGUCUUCCAGCUGGUGGGAGUUGGCGUCGCGGUGCUGGGCGCUGGGACCCUACUUUAUAUAGUUCAGGAAGCGGGGCCGCUGUUCAGCUGUGGCGUCGCGCCUGUCGGUCUGAUCCCGGCUCUCCUCGGUUUUCGCCCGCGGCGUGGGGCUUGGCGAGGGAAUCCCCGGCCCCUUUGGGCCACGGCGGUAGCGGUGCCUUUUGAGGUAAGGAAAGUGAGGCUCAGAGAGAUUAAGUAACAUGCCCAAAGUAACACAGCCAGUAUGUAACAGAGCUGGGAUUUGAAUCCAAGUCUGUCAGACUCCAAAACCCAUGCUCUUUCCAGUACCUCACACUACAGCAGAUUUUCUUGUAAUCACGUUUUAAAGCCUUCAAGAUGGUACUAGCAGAUCUUGGAAGAAAAAUAACAUCAGCAUUACGCUCAUUGAGCAAUGCCACAAUCAUCAAUGAAGAGGUAUUAAAUGCUAUGCUAAAAGAAGUAUGUACAGCGUUAUUGGAAGCAGAUGUUAAUAUUAAACUAGUGAAGCAAUUAAGAGAAAAUGUGAAGUCUGCUAUUGAUCUGGAAGAGAUGGCAUCUGGUCUAAACAAAAGAAAAAUGAUUCAGCAUGCUGUAUUUAAAGAACUUGUGAAGCUUGUAGACCCUGGAGUUAAAGCAUGGACACCUACUAAAGGAAAACAGAAUGUGAUUAUGUUUGUUGGAUUGCAAGGGAGUGGUAAAACAACUACAUGUUCAAAGCUAGCAUAUUAUUACCAGAGGAAAGGAUGGAAGACCUGUUUGAUAUGUGCAGACACAUUUAGAGCAGGAGCUUUUGACCAACUAAAGCAGAAUGCUACCAAAGCAAGAAUUCCAUUCUAUGGAAGCUAUACAGAAAUGGAUCCUGUUAUCAUUGCCUCUGAAGGAGUGGAAAAAUUCAAAAAUGAAAAUUUUGAAAUUAUUAUUGUUGAUACAAGUGGCCGCCAUAAACAAGAAGACUCCUUGUUUGAAGAAAUGCUUCAAGUUGCUAAUGCUAUACAACCUGAUAACAUUGUUUAUGUGAUGGAUGCCUCAAUUGGGCAGGCUUGUGAAGCCCAGGCUAAAGCUUUUAAAGAUAAAGUAGAUGUAGCCUCAGUAAUAGUGACAAAACUUGAUGGCCAUGCAAAAGGAGGUGGUGCACUUAGUGCAGUUGCUGCCACAAAAAGUCCAAUUAUUUUCAUUGGCACAGGGGAACAUAUAGAUGACUUUGAGCCUUUCAAAACACAACCUUUCAUCAGCAAACUUCUUGGUAUGGGUGACAUUGAAGGAUUGAUAGAUAAAGUCAACGAGUUGAAGUUGGAUGACAAUGAAGCACUUAUAGAAAAGUUGAAACAUGGUCAGUUUACAUUGCGAGACAUGUAUGAACAAUUUCAAAAUAUCAUGAAAAUGGGCCCCUUCAGUCAGAUCUUGGGGAUGAUCCCUGGUUUUGGGACAGAUUUUAUGAGCAAAGGAAAUGAACAAGAGUCAAUGGCAAGGCUAAAGAAAUUAAUGACCAUAAUGGAUAGUAUGAAUGAUCAAGAACUUGAUAGUACUGAUGGUGCCAAGGUUUUUAGUAAGCAACCAGGAAGAAUCCAAAGGGUAGCAAGAGGAUCAGGUGUGUCAACAAGAGAUGUUCAAGAACUUUUGACACAAUAUACCAAAUUUGCACAGAUGGUAAAAAAGAUGGGCGGUAUCAAAGGACUUUUCAAAGGUGGUGAUAUGUCUAAGAAUGUGAGCCAGUCACAGAUGGCAAAAUUGAAUCAACAGAUGGCCAAAAUGAUGGAUCCAAGAGUUCUUCAUCACAUGGGUGGUAUGGCAGGACUUCAGUCAAUGAUGAGGCAGUUUCAACAGGGUGCCGCUGGCAAUAUGAAAGGCAUGAUGGGAUUCAAUAAUAUGUAAAAGAAGAUGCCUUAAUAUAAACUGACUUAGUUGAUCACACUUUGCUGAGACCUCAGAGUUUCCCUCCUUUUUGAAAAUGGGGGGAGGGGAGGGAAAUAUUUUUCUUGCCUAUCUUGCCCUUAUUCUUUUUUUUUAUCUUCCCCUCUUCUCUUUUUCCUUCUUUCCUUAUUCACUCAUUCCCAUUUGAUGUAGGUAGGGAAGAAUAUAUGGUUUUGUGGAAAUCAUUAUAUUUUUGCUUUAGAUUUUCUUUUGUUAGUUUUCACCAUCAUAACACUUAAGAAAAAAAAAAUCAUGAUGUAAAAUUUUAGUACUUAAAAGUUUUUAAUCUCACAGGCCAAGCUUUACACUUGUAAAUGGUCCUGGUCAGUAGUUACAUGAUGUCUCAAUAAAAGUGCUGUAAAAUAAA